GCGGGAAAUUAUUACGCAUGACAAUAACUUUUUUAAUUAGGUUAGGAUUUAAUAUUUAUUUAUUAAUUUUCUGUAUUUGAAUACUUCUUUUGUGAACUGAAAUUGAAUGUUAAGGAUUUAAAAUGAAUUCAGGAAGUUCCGUUUCUAAGGGAGUCUUUGUUUUUAAAAAUGGAUUCAAGAAACCAGCAAAAGUUUCCAAAAAUAAAAAAAUGGAAAAAAGCCAUUUUUCCGAGUAUUUAUGGUACCAAAGCUAUAAUUCUUUGUGGAAAUACAUCGAAGGAAAGCUCUAUCUAAUGAACUCUGAAAUUUUCUCAUCAACUUUGAGAGAUCUAGUAAAUUUUGUACAAUCCACUUAUGAUCAAAUACAAAGUGAAAUUCCAACUGCUGCUCUGCUCACAGGCAUAAAUAUGCCGGAUCAUGAUGCUCAAUUCUCAGCAUUAACAAGGGAAAUAAGGGAGUUUGUUACACCACACUGUGUUGUACAGAAUGCCCAAGAUUGUAGCAGUAUAAAGCUAUUCAUAGAAAAUAUGAUAAAUGGAUUUUUAAACGAUGAAGAUGCAACAAUAGAGGAUAUGUAUGAAGAUCAUGAGGAAGAGGAAUGUAAUUAUAUUAGAAAGUCUUGUUGUACUUUUGCAGUUCUUCAAGCUUGGUACGAGAAUUUAUACUUGAACAAUUCCAUUUUAAAUUAUUCAGAUGAAAAUUCAUUCAUUAAACGAGGGGCCCCAAACUGCAAGCCAUUAGUUGUGAUUAUCCCAGAUAUAGAAAAUUUUAAGGAGAAUGUUAUCCAGGAUUUCAUAUCUAUUGUACACUCAUACAUUAACAUUAUACCAUUUGUUCUAAUAUUUGGCGUUGCUACAUCUUUAAAUGUACUACAUAGGACACUGCCCUAUCAUGUUUCAUCAAAAAUAAGUAUAAAGGUGUUUUCAUCUCAACCAUCUACUGCAUACUUGAAUAAUAUAUUGGAAAAUGUAUUUUUCACUGGUCACUGUCCUUUUUCACUGAGUGGAAAUGUGUUCAACUUACUCACAGAUAUAUUCUUAUUCUACAAUUUAUCUGUUACUGGAUUUGUUAAGCAUUUCAAAUUUGCGAUGAUGGAACAUUUCAGUAGGGGAAAUGAGUUCUCUUUGUGUACCAACAAAAAUUUUAAACACAUUCUCGAUCAAUUUUCACAUGAGGAUUUCGAAAGUCUCAGACAUAUAUAUUCAUUUCGAGAUUUAGUUGAAGGAGAAUCAUCCUACAAAAAUCAAUUAAAACUCUUGCAGGAUGAUGAUUAUCUUAGGGAUGUGGUACUUAUAAAGUUGGAGAAGCUGAGGAAAUAUACAUUUUGUCUUCACUUAUUCAUAAGAUGUCUACAUGUUUUAGUGAAUGAUUUACCAAAAACUCCUCUUGGAAAACAGAUAAGAGAAUUGUAUGCAUACGCUACCACCAAAAAUAUAACUAAAUCCCAGCAUUUCAAUGAGUGUUUUCAACUAUUAAAUUUUCAAUCCCGAGAUCAAUUCUGUAUGAAAUUAACUGACAUAACAAACUUAUUGGAAAAUAAUAAAACAAUUAACAAUAUAUGCAGUGAAGAAGUGGAAAAAAUUAAUGGAGAUCUGAAGAAGUACUUAAAAAAAUUAAAAGACAUUGACUCCAUCACGGACAUAACACAAAGUUUCCAAGAACAGGUACAAAUCGGUAGCGCAUCUAGUAGACAGGAAUUUAAAAAGAACUUGAAGAGCAUAUCCCUAAAUCAAUCCAAAAACAAAUAUGAGAAAUUACGUGAUGAAAUUCUAAAAUAUUUGCAUUGUAUUUUUGAAACAUAUUUAAUUGAAUAUAAUACCCUACAUUUCCACGAAAUAUUCUUUUUUGAUGAUAUUGAUAUACAGAAUCAAAUCAUUGGGACACAUAGGUCAGCAAUUCAUGAAGCUUUGAAUGAUCCACAAACGUAUUUACAGUGUGCUUGUUGUGAGGUCAAAAGAGAAGCAGCAAUAUUGCAAACCAUGCCUGAUAUAUGCAUAGCUUAUAAAUUACAUUUGGAAUGUGGAAAAAUGAUUAAUUUAUAUGAUUGGCUACAAGCAUUUUUGAGUAUCCUAGAUCCAACAGAUGAAGAUGAUGAUGAUUGUAAAAGAAGUGUUAAUCCAGAAUUGCAAGCACGAUUCACACAAGCCAUAGCAGAGUUGGAGUAUUUGGGAUUCAUAAAAACGUCUAAGCGGAAAGCUGAUCAUGUUCAAAGACUGACUUGGGGUGGAUAACAAAUCCAUAUCAUAAUUACUUACAACUAAAUAAAAAUAAUUUCUAUAGUG